GGGACGGAGCGGGGCGAGAGGCUGGUACCGCUGAGGAUCCACGAAUUAUUCACGCAGAACCCCGAGGAACGAACAGCAGAACACUCCGUGGAGAACACUCUCUCACUCCAUACCUGCGCACACCGCCACGCUCCGCCAACUGCCGUGGAUCAGUCAGGACGCACCGCGCUGCGUAAAGUUUCCACAUCAGUCACAUUAGUCACUGUGGGAGGAUCGCCGGGUUCCUGCGUGGAUUUCAGUGUCUUUGUCUGGAUGAAUGUUUCCCACGGAGCUGCUGGGAGGAUCUCUGUGAACGUGACACGCGCCGUGGAACCUAUGGAUCUGCUGUAACCACAUCUAACCCGCUUUUGAUUAUAUAUUCUACGUUUUUUUUUUUUUUGCGCAGUCGCGUCGUCUGGUUUUUCGCUCUUAACGCACCGCGCAGAUUUCAGGACGCAGCGCGGAUUCAGCCAUGAACUUUGGUGUCACUUUGGUUCGGCUCGUGUUGGCAGCGGUUCUGCACCUGUCGUCCGUAAAGACUGCCAGCCUGAACAAGGGAGUGGACAAGAGUAAAAAUGAAGUCAUCCCUUUCACAAAUGUCAUCACCAAGAGCAUGUGUCAGCCCAGAGAAGUUCUGGUGGACAUCAUGCAGGAGUAUCCAGAGGAUACAGAACACACCUACAUCCCCUCCUGUGUGGUCCUCAACCGCUGUGGAGGCUGCUGCAACGACGAAGCCAUGGAAUGUGUUCCAGCAGAAACGCGCAAUGUCACACUGCAGGUAAUGCGGUUUAGACCGAGGGUAACACAACAUACCAUUCAUUUAACUUUCACAGAGCAUCAAAAGUGUGAAUGCAGAGUAAAGCCAGGUGUUCAAGCAAAGAAGUCAUACCACUGUGCACCUUGCUCAGAGAGAAGAAAGCGCUUGUUUGUGCAGGACCCUGUCACCUGUCAAUGUUCCUGCAAAUUCACUCAGUUAGACUGCAGGUCCAGGCAGCUUGAGUUAAACGAAAGAACUUGCAGAUGCGACACACCGAGGAGAUGAGACCUGGAACACUGUUAUGAAGGAAUUCUUUUCUUGGAACAGCACUUUGAAAUCUGAGGAUGCAUUCCCUGCAAGGACACAACGACAACGCAAGACAGGACGUUCUGGAUGCACAUCUUGACAUGGCCUGUUUUCUGACUAAAGAUAUUAAUAUAUACGUACUUUUACUACAUUGACAAUGUUCUGCUGCUACAUAGAAAAACAUAUUUAAAGUGACACGAGUGCGCUGCUGGCGUAUGAAUGGAAAGUCUUUCAGUUCUGGUGGUGGAUACAGCUGUAGAAAGACAUGUUUUAUUAACACUUCACUGGAUGCUCCUCUGCUGUGGAUCUCAUGUUUUGUAUUGACGUCAUUGAGCAGUGCAGCAGAAUCUGAACUUGGAACUCUGACAGAAGCAAACGGGGACAGAGGGAGGACUUCCUCCUUGUACUUGAAGUGAACAGCAGGUCCAAGAAGUGUUUCCCUCAGCCAUGAUGUGAAGUUGUCUCCACUGUACAGACUGACUCCAGCUGGUACGAGAAUACACUUUAAAAAGUUCUCUUCCAGUGUCCACAGUUUCCUGAAGCAACUGUGGGUGAAGGUUCCAAGCUGUGGUCGUGGAUAAUGUGAAGAUGAAGGGUUACGUGACGAUAGCAAGAACCGGACUAAAGAUUAAUGAUGAAGUUUUGGAACGUUCAAAGAUCUUAGUCAAUGUUAAAAUUGGGUAAAGAUCAGGCCUGUUCUUAUUGAGGCUGGGCUCAGACUGCAGGAGUUUCCUCCUGCUGACAGUUGGACCAGAAAUCUGGUCUGAACCGAUGUUGGUCCAGAUUAUUACUCCGCCAAGAAGUAAUAAUCUUGGCAGAGUUAUGUGACGAUCGGCGUUGGUUUGUUUGUCUGUCUGUCUGUCUGUCCGUCUGUCUGUUACCAACACUACUCAAAAACAGACUAACGGAUUUGGAUGAAAUUUUCAGGGAAGGUCAGAAAUGACACAAGGACCAAGUGAUUAGACUUUGGCAGUGAUGUGGCUUAUAGUCUGGAUCCACGGAUUUGUUAAAUAUUUCCGUAUCAUUGCGAGAUAGCAGCACGGCAUCACUGUAACCAUGACAACAAGUGAACACUACGUCAGCUGCCUGCUGACGAUCACGAUUGUGAUCCUACUACAAAUCCACUGCUGCAGACUUAUCAGGACUUAUCCAUCAGAAAUGAUCCAAGGAACAACUGAUUAAAUUGUGGGGGUGUUUCUGAGUCCCAUCAUUUCCUGCUGCUCGCUACAUAUUUUGGUCAUGCUAUUCGGUAUCCGUACAUAACAUACACAUGCAUAACACACGCCUCUGCUCAGCGCAAGGUCAUUUUUUAUUAAAGAUUUCAUCUAUCGUAAAUGGUACGAUGACUGAGCAGCCUUACUGCACUCUGAGUGCUUUUCUAGUUUUCAAUGUGACAGAUUACAGAUUUAGUCUGAAACCUCCUGAACUUUUGCAGAUUCAUCACAGCGCCGCUAAUAUCAAACAUGUUGAAUAUUUGCCAGAUAAAAUCUGGAUGGUUACAAUUAUCGUACCCGGGGCAGAGGAUGUUCUCGCCCUUGAGGGUAACAUUAGCUACAGAUAAUCAACCCCGCAGAUAAAAUCUCACCUCCAGUUCUCUAAAGAACAGACAAACCAUGUUGAUCUAACCUCUCCAACCAUCUUCUCACGCAGACUCAUUUUUGCUUUUGUUCUUUUCUCACUGUAAAGUUUGACUACAGCAGCUUGUUGCUCCAUUUAGUUUCCAUCUGCUUCCUCCUGAGCUCUGCUCUCGGACUCCACAAUUUGGACAAAGUCCUGCAGUGUGAUGCUUUGUUUUUUGUUUUUUUUUUUUUUUUUUAAAUCUUGUUCAUUAGUUUGAGAUUAGAGAGCAGAAUAUCUGUGAAGUUUCCCCUUAUAAUGCAGCCUGAUUUUAAACUUUGUGAAGACUUUAAACCUCCUGCAGUGUGAGCCCAGCCUGAGGGAACCAACCACCACCUGUUUCUGAUCAGGCCUCCUUCAUGUAACCCUUCCCGGGAAAUGUCAUUUUUUUGUGCACGAGCUUAUUAUUUACUUUUUGACGCUUGUGUUCCUUUAACACAACAUGUUGAGAUCAGGUGUCUGAAGGGAUGUUACUGUAGGUAUAUACAGAGAAGAGAAGACAAUCACACAUCUGCACCUCGCUGUAGAAAUCCACUACAAGGUUCCUUUUGAAUCGGCUUUGUUUUAAAACACGACAAAACAGUUUAUCAUGAACGAUCUGUAUAUACUUACUAGCUAUCUCUUUGUCUAUGACGCUACAGCUAAUUUAUGGAAUAUGUUCAGUAUUUGCUAUUAUAUUUAUUUGCAGUGUUAAGGUUAUUCUGACUCCUCAGCUGUUUUCAAUUUGUCCACAGAUGGGAUGGAGAACUUUUGUUGUGGGAAAAAGGACUGACAAUGCUUUGACAUUCCAUUUUAACUAAAGCUGCGUUUCUCAGCAGCUGGAGGAGAUUAUGGCGGGCCUGUUGGCCGAUAAAAACCCUAGCCACCAACAUACACAUGAAUGAUGUGCCAACACAGGUGUUUUUCAUUUUCGACUGGGAGACAGACGUGAUUUGGCGUUUGUCUGCCUGAGGAUGCGUCCUGUUGAGAAGUGAGUCUUUAUGUCACUGGUCGGCUCAGCACUAACUUUGAAAAGGCUGUCUGAGACGGAGGCCUCUGGUCUGGGGAGCAGUAAAACAGCAUUGUUUUCUCUGAACAUAAUGUCCUCACUCCCAACCCUGACAGUGAUUCUUAGCGGGAAUCCAACAUGUCCUUUAAUGUUAAACUGUUACCAUAUGAGGAAGACCUGCCCUCUGAUGAGCCACUACAAGGAUACAUAAAGAAGAAAAAACAGACAUACGCUUUAUUGGUGAGGGACAAAGCAACAUAACGUUACACGAGGAACAGCUGAAAAUAGUGUACGUUGUAUACACUACCAUUCAAAUGUUUGGGGUCACUUUGAAAUGUCCUUAUUUUUGAAAGAAAAGCAUUUUUUUCCCCGAGGAUAACAUUAAAUGAAUCAGAGAUACAGUCUAGAUAUUGUUAAUGUGGUAAAUGACUAUUCUAUUUGGAAACAGCUGGUUUUUAAUGGAAUAUCUCCAUAGGGGUACAGAGGAACAUUUCCAGCAACCAUCACUCCUGUGUUCUAAUGCUACAUUGUGUUAGCUAAUGGUGUUGAAAGACUCAUUGAUGAUUAGAAAACCCUUGCGCCAUUAUGAUAGCACAUGGAUAAAAGUGGGAGUUUUCAUGGAAAACAUGAAACUACCUGGGUGACCCCAAACUUUUGAAUGGUAGUGUAGGUCAACUUUAACGAAUAUAGAGCAACUUUAAUAAUAUCAACUUUAGCUAAUAUAGAGGAACUUUUAUUCAUGUAUACUACCAUUCAAAAGUGUUGGUUCACAUAGAAAUGUCCUUAUUUUUUGAAAGAAAAGCAUUUUUUUCAAUGAAGAUAACAUUAAAUGAAUCAGAGAUACAGUCUAGACGUUAAUGUGGUAAAUGACUAUUCUAGCUGGAAACGACGGAUUUUUUAAUGAAAUAUCUACAUAGGGGUGCAGAGGAACACUUCCAGUGACCCCCAAACCUCUGAACAGUAGUGUACUUAGAAACACGGCCAGUGCGAGUUGGAUACUAAGUUAAUGAAUAAAUCUCCUUCUGCGCUGAAACACUCCUUCCUGCUGGCAGGACCAGCGACAACAACCUGUUAUUUCAGUUCUUAUCGCUACGAUAACUUUAACUCUUACUUGAAAUGUACGACAAAGGUGCAAAUUUCCAAGUUUCCCCUUUGCGAGGCUCUGUAGAGCAUCAGAAAGUCUCAGUGCACAAGUUACGUCUUAGUAAUUUAGACUUGGUUUUUGGUGUUUUUUCUACAGAGGACUGAUUUGUUUCUUUAUCAGGCCAGUAUGAUUUCCUACAAACUGUUAUUCUGAGCCACACUAAAGGUCGCCAUCAUCCAGCAGGUCUUAUCUUGAUCUAGAACUCGUCUGUUCUCAUGCAUCUUACCUGCAUUACCUGAAACCACUGCUGUUUGUCUGCAUCACUCAGACCGGAGGCCCGAGAGUGUUUUACUGAGACAGGCUGCUGGCUCAGCAUCCACAACUUUCCACUUCUCUGAUGAAGACAUUCAUUCUGUUUGUAUUUAAGAUAAGAUUGUCAUGACUUUGUACAACUUCGUACACACUUUUAGUAUAUUUUCACAUUAAUAUAUUUAUUGGUGCUGUAAAAUGUUUUACAUAUUAAUAGUUGUUUUUAGUGUAACUAUUAAAACAUAUUUAUUUUCAAAA